AUGACGACGCCACCGUAUUCUGUGCCGAUUAAUGAGUUCGGCUAUAUCAAUCAUUACACUUCUACAACGUCUGUCUCAGAACCUCAAUUUCCUGGACCUGCGCUGGCUCGCAUGGAAUCAAACUACUCGACAAUGUCCUCGGACUCUAGGCUCAACUUGGUGGAACGUACAGACUCGCAGCCAACUUCAACACAUUCACGAAAGCGUUAUACCUUACCAUUGUUUCGAGGUCCUUCGGGAUCUAGUCGAGGGAGUUACAAUGACAGCUCUGGAUCAGCAUCUCCGUUCCAAUGGCGAGAUGUGUUCAAAGGAUGGAGGCUUCUUCUUUUCGGUUCUUGGUUCAAUGUUUUGUUGUGUCUCAUUCCAGUAGCGUGCAUUUUCAGUAUCACUAUGACCGAGUACCACGGACUAGUAUUCAUGUUCUGUCUUUUGAGUCUUCUUCCUUUGGUCAAGAUACAUGAAGUUACAACGCGAGAGCUCUCAGCAAGAAUUGGAGGAUCCAAAACCGGACUCUUAAACGCGAGCUUAAAUAACACCGUGGAGAUUGUGGUUGCACUUUCUGCUCUUCGCAAGUGCGAGCUCCGUGUCGUCCAAUCAUCACUGAUUGGAUCUAUCCUUGGAAAACUUUUACUUGUCCUGGGUCUAUGCUUCUUUGCCGGUGGACUGAGAUUCUCGGAACAAUGGUUCGAUGCCAGUGGGUCUUUAUUCUUUUCUUUCGUUCGCCAUGAUAGUCAAAGCCCCUCAGCCGCCAAUCAAGUGCAUUCUUCCCUCUUGAGCAUCAGUGUAGGGGUCUUGUUACUUCCUGUCGCUUACCAUUUCGCCUUGAGCGGUAAUAAAAACGACGAUGUUCCAGAGAAUCAGCGUCUUAGUAUUCUGAAUAUGAGUCAUGCGGUAUCUCUCAUCCUCCUUACCAUAUAUGGUUUUUAUCUUGUCUUCCAGCUCGUGUCGCACACCCAUCUAUAUCAGGAUUCUCAAAAGAAAAGCCGAAAGCUUUCUAUCAACGUCCAGACACCCGCAAUAUUCCAUACUAUAACACUCCGUGAAAGGGGUAGAGCCUUUCCACAAUCUGACUCCUCUGCUGCAAUUUACAAUGGUGAAGACAAUGUAUCAAGGUGGUUUAAGGCCACUCAAUCUGAAACACAAGCACGCAGUCUCUCCUCGUCUCCGUCUUCUACGCGCAGCCCAAGUAGGCCGCCUUCACCCCAACAGCAGCCCGGGACACCGUAUAUCUCUCCGCCAGGUGAUAAUUUCGCUGCCUCAGAGGUCACGCUGACAGACUCCGGCAACACGUACCCUGUUGCUGCAGUAGAUCCCAGUGUUCGACUAGUAGAUCUCGACGCAAUGGGCGGUACUUCUCUGCGACGCAUCAACUCUCCAUCGAAGCUUGCUCUGCGCUCUGAUAGCGCAACUACCUGGAAUGACUCUGCAAGAACUUUCAGUGGUUCGACCAUCAAUAGCAGCAACCAUCCUGGGCUUACACUAGAUACAGAAGAUCUUCAUCCGGAAAAAUUCGUAGAUGUACCUUUGGGAGGCCCCCCGAGGAGAGCGACGCCAGCAUCACCUAUUGAUAGCGUUAUGUCUUCCCGGGAACCACAAUUGAGCUGGUUUGUGACGGUAGCAUCGCUGCUUCUUGUCACAGUUGGUGUUGCUUUCAUUGCGGAUUGGCUUGUCGAAGCUAUGGACGGAAUUUCGACGACGAUCAGCAAAGAAUGGGUGGCGCUCGUCCUGCUUCCUGCGGUAUCAUCUAUUGCAGAAUGCGGGAACGCUAUUGGUGUAUCUGUCAAGGAUCAGGUUACUUUGAGCAUCAGUGUCGCUGUUGGUUCUUCAAUUCAAACUGCCCUCUUUGUGAUUCCUCUGAUGGUGACGAUAGCCUGGGCAAUGGGCAAGCCUCUUGCGCUGUUGUUCGACCCUUUUGAGUCUUUAGUACUGUAUAUCUCAGUUCAAACAAUGACACACGUUGUCGCGGAUGGCAAGUCAAACUGGCUGGAGGGAGCUAUUCUCAUCUGCUUAUACAUAAUGAUCGCGGUCUCGUUUUGGUUCUAUCCAGGUUCUAAUUUACCCUCCUCACUUGCCGCAUGCACAUCGACAGCCUAA